AUGGAGUGUGUUUCUUCAGUGUCAUACUCCUUCCUAGUUCAUGGAGGACCGCAGGGACAGGUGUUUCCCUCGAGAGGACUCCGACAGGGAGACCCGCUGUCUCCGUACCUAUUCAUUCUCUGCACGGAAGUCUUAUCGGGCUUGUGCCAGCAGGCAAUGAUAAGUGGUACUCUGCCGGGAGUGAAGAUUGGCCACAACUGCCCACCGAUUAAUCACCUCUUAUUUGCGGAUGACACAAUGUUUUUCGGUAAGUCGAGCUCGACCAGCUGCAGAGCACUCACUACAAUCCUUACCAGAUACGAGGCGGCUUCUGGGCAGUGUAUUAAUCGAGCCAAGUCUGCUGUCACCUUCUCCUCCAAAACAAACUUGGUGACAAAAAUGAGAGUUAAGCAGGAGCUAAACAUUACCAAUGAAGGAGGGAUUGGCAAAUACUUGGGUUUACCGGAACAUUUCGGGAGAAGGAAAAGAGACAUUUUUGCAGAGAUUGUAGACAGGAUCAGACAGAAAGCACAUGGAUGGACUGCUAGAUAUCUCUCCACUGCAGGCAAGAUGGUGCUGCUUAAGACUGUCCUAGCAGCGAUGCCUACCUAUGCGAUGUCUUGCUUUAAGCUCCCAAAAUCCUUAUGUAAACAGAUUCAAUCUGUUCUUACGCGUUUUUGGUGGGAUGCGAAACCAGAGGUUAAGAAAAUGUGUUGGGUAGCUUGGGAUAAGCUUACUCUUCCCAAAGGCGCGGGCGGCCUCGGUUUCAGAGAAAUAGAAGUGUUUAACGAUGCAUUAUUGGCAAAACAUGCUUGGAGACUGCUCAAAAAUCCCACCUCUCUGCUCGGAAGAACUCUGUUGACCAGAUACUGCCGACAUGAUAGCUUCCUUGACUGCCACGCACCAAACUCGGCCUCACAUGGAUGGCGUGGCAUACUGGCUGGGCGGGAAAUCCUAAAGAAAGGCUUGGGAUGGGCUAUUGGAAAUGGUAAUACAGUUAAAGUGUGGAGUGAUAACUGGUUAUCAACUACACAUCAGAUGUGUCCCAUAGGCCCACCACGCGAGGAAGAAAACAACAUGCUCGUCUCUGAUUUAAUGCUACCUGACUCCACACUGUGGAACAUUGAGAAAAUUAGAGACUGCUUACCCCAUUAUGAAGCUCAGAUUCGGAGCAUUGUCCCUAGUGACUAUGGAAUGUGUGAUACUCUUGUUUGGCUAGCUGAUAAAACAGGGAAUUACACGACCAAGUCGGGAUACGCAACUGCAAAGCUCAAUGUGGAAGGAAGAUCCAGUGAUUUCAACUGGCACCGUUGUGUGUGGAACGUCAACUGCUCACCGAAACUGAAGAGCUUUCUCUGGAAAUUAUCCAGUAAUGCGAUGGCAGUGGGUGAGUCACUUCUCAAGAGAGGCUUACGGGUGGAUGGAGCUUGUAAACGCUGUGGACAAUUGGAAACCAUCGCCCAUGUUAUGUUCCUCUGUCCUUUUGCGGUUAGAGUAUGGGAAGCAAUCCCAGCAAUGUGUGUUCCGAGUCCAGUGCCGACGAAGUCGAUAGAGACCAUCCUCUCUGAAUGCCUAAGAAUGGUUAAUCUACCGCCUUCAGGACUGACUACACCAUUGUAUCCUUGGGUAAUGUGGGUUUUAUGGAGUUCUCGUAAUCAACUGGUGUUUGAAAACAAGUCUUUCUCUGAAACAGAGGUAUUAGGAAAAGCGCUUAAGCAUGCUAAAGAAUGGCAACAUUCAAUGGCACAAGCUUCUCCACGGUCUGGUUCGUCUAAAGACUGCGCCUCAAAGGCGAUUCAAACCCAACACCCAAGUGAUGUAUACUGUUGUUACUCUGAUGCAGCGUGGAAAGGUGCCUCUUCUGCAGGUGGCAUGGGAUGGUCUUUCACCAAUGCUGCGGGUGAUACACGAUCACAAGGAGCUGUUGCUUGCCCUUUUGUGGCCUCUGCACUAGUUGCGGAAGCUUUGGCACUCAAGGAAGCAAUUAAAGCAGUCAUCUCUCUUAACAUCAAAGACCUCAUUUGUUUCUCUGAUUCAAGGGGCUUGAUUAACAUGAUCACAGCAAGUUCUUCUGUGAUCGCUCUGCAAGGAAUUCUCCAUGACAUCAGUGUGUUGAGUCUUUCCUUCUCUUCUAUAUGUUUUAAGUUUGUUCCUCGGCUCUCUAAUACGAUCGCUGAUCGUCUGGCCAAAGAGGCUUUGUCUUUGUAUCUCAACCCCUCUGUGGUGAGAGGAAACCUUGAUAACUAA